AUGGCAAACAUCGUAGCCCUUCUUGGUUUUGCUCCUCUAUCAUUCCCUCUGGCCACAAAACGAGCUAAAGAUUCUACUCUGGUUCCACUAUACGGCCUUGGCUACCUUAACAACGCUGUCUUAGGCCCCUUCUUUCUCGCCUUCCUGAGUUCCUACACGACGAUGAGCAGCCAUGAAAUAUUCAUCUAUGUCAGCCAGAUCGUAUUCGGGUACGCGAUCGAGUGGAAGUUGACUGUCAAUGGUGGGGGCAAGGCCGAGGAUACAGAAGAGGACAUCAUCCUCACCCCUGAGAGGUUCUGGGAGACGACGCUCAAGGGAAAACUUGAGUCUGUCGUUCAGCAGAAGACGCCACCGGGUGUGUCUUAUCAAGCACAAGAUACCAAAGUGAUUGUUUCCGCCAUUGGCAAGAGGAAGGUCCGAAAACGCUUCGACGAGCUGAAGAUUGAUUGGAAAGUGUUAAAAACCCAAUCACAUGGUUGGAGUUAUCUACCUCGACUAGGCAAACAGUUGUGCAUUACUAUCUCAAUCAACUACAUCAAGGCAAGUAGCUUAGCCGGCAUGAUCUACUUCCUUGCCUUAACAAUUUAUUCUAACUGUGUGAAACAUGAAGAGAACAAAAGAUAA